AUGGCGUUUGAGUACCGCCUUGCACUCCGCACGAGUUAUAAAGAUCAUGUUCUUGCAGUCAGGCAUGAGCCUGAUAGCAUAUAUGUGAUUGCGUCUCUUAGAAGCUCAAAGCUUGACAAGCUUAUGAACGACAAAGACGCCGAGUUCAACAUAACUCCAUAUUUUGUAUUGGAAAACAAUACGUUAUCAUUUGACCCAAGUGGCAAGAAGGCUGAUCACCCCAAAUUAUGUUUCAAGGAAGCAUACAUGUUGUCAGCUCCGGGAACACGGUCUGGCCCCACAGACAAUUCUAAAUAUCCAUCGCGGACCUUGGCAGUGAAGGUUGAAGUAGAAGAGAAGCCUUACGAGGUAACAGUCACACUCGAUAAUCAUCUAGAUGUUAUCGAAGAUUACGAUCCUGUGUCGCGCCAAUUCACUCCUCGGCUGGGACUGAAGCGGAAAUCCUCGAAGGUGGAGCACCCUUCGUUUGAACCUACGUCUAUGCUGUUCUUACCCGUGACUUCGCUUCAGCGUUCUAUUAUAUUAUGCUUCGAUGGCACUUCGAAUCAUUUCAGUAAUCAGAAUACGAAUAUAAUUAAAUUGGUCGAGCUUUUAAAGAAGGACGAAGAAUCGGAACAAAUGGUAUACUAUCAACCUGGUGUAGGAACUUAUCAACCACCAGGACUGUUUACUGGCGUCACUUUGACGGUCGCUGCGAAGCUUGACGAAGGGGUCGCAUUCUACCUUUAUCAACAUAUUAUUGACGGUUACAAAUACAUAAUGGAGACCUAUAGAGCUGGUGAUGAGAUCAAUAUUUUUGGAUUUUCUCGAGGUGCAUAUACGGCACGCGCCCUUGCUGGAAUGCUAUACUCGGUGGGAUUGCUCCCAAGACAUAACAUGGAGCAAGUGCCUUUCGCAUAUGAGGUAUACGCAAAGGGGAAGGGGCUUAAUACGGAACCAACUACGGAAGAAAGUAAACACCAAAAUGAUAUCGACGAUAAUGAUUCAAGCUCUACAAUUAGGCGAAUCUUAAACAGGGUGUGGGAAGCACCUGGCCCGCAGAGAACAGUUCCACCUGCAACUGCUAGAGAAUAUGUUGUCGGAGCUGUUGACCCCAACCAAGAGGAGGAAAGUAGCACUCUAAGUGUCUACAACAGUGCUCAUGCAAAGAACGUUGACCCAAGACGCUUCAAGAUGGUUUUUUGUACUCCGAUCGAAAUCGAGUUUCUAGGCGUAUGGGACACGGUAGGGAGUGUUGGCCUUGCCAGAAGGAAAACUUUGCCUUUUAUCGAGUACAAUCCGGGAGUAGUUCACUUCAGGCAAGCUCUAGCACUGGACGAAACUCGAGGGAACUUUAUACCUAGCGUCUGGGAUCAUUUGCCUCCCCGACCGAAGCGUUCCGCUGUAGAAGUAUGGUUCAAAGGAGGGCAUUCUGACGUAGGGGGAGGAGCGCCAUUAACCACAAGUGCUCGCCGACAUUUCUCUCUUAAUAUGAUAUUGGGAGUCUAUUCGACUUUCCAAAAGUGGGUUUUCGGCAAAGUAGAUGGUCCCAACGACAAAAGGCCACCAGGUAUAAAUCGACUUUCUGACUUGAGCAAUAUCUCAUUACGUUGGAUGGUAAACGAAUGCCUCGCCAGGCACGAUGUUCGAGUGCUAUUUGAUCCGUUUGCGCUGCAUUGUUAUCGUAGGGCUCGGAUUCUUGAACGACAUCCAACGGACGGUCGCCCAGAGUGCGAACCCUCGUCCGAAGAUAUUCAAAGGGACAGGCAAAUACUGGACGAGUACGACAGUAGACCUAAGCCUUAUAAAUCGCUGAACAUUAGUCCACUCUUCUGGUGGGCCUUGGAGUUGCUUCCCGUACCAAAAUUGUCUCAAGGAGGAACUGAUUUCUCUUGUCCCAAGACAGUAUACCGUCCGAACUUAGGGAAAGAGAGAUCCAUCAAUAUUCACCCCGUUGGCCAACUGCACAAUGCGAUUCGAAUACAUUAUUCCGCGUUCAAACAAAUAAAGGACGCUGGUUACCAGCCUGAGGCGAAAUGGUACAAGCUCGUAAAUGAGAUCUCUCUCUCCUCGCUCUUUGCCUUGCUUUGCUUUCAUACCGCUGGUCGGUCCCUCAAGUAUAUUCGUCUAGUAGCAGCAAACGGCAUCAUGAAUCGCACCGAUGGUCUGGACUUUGCAGACCGUGAUCCGACGGUAGAAUCCCAUCCCGAUGUCCCGCGUUCCAAUCUCCAGCGCAACAAGACUGAGCGGGGACGAUUGCAAGGACUCAUGCGUAUCAACUCGAGCACUGGGAUCCCCACCAUUUCAAUGAAGAACUCGCAAUCUGGGGUCUUUGCCGCAUGGAAAGAAAAGUGGGACCACUGGAUGGUCAACGACGGUGGUCGCCAGCUCUUUUUCGGCGUCGUCAUCAUUCUCCAUCUCCUCGUCUUUGGUUUGGGUUUCGUCCACUACGAUCUCAAGGACAACUCCGUUGGCGCACGUGCCUUGUUUGGCAUCACUUUUCCGAUCGCCAGAACGGCUGCGCUAGUGUUGCACGUCGACGCAGCACUCAUCCUUCUCCCCGUAUGCCGAAACUUCAUCUCCCUCCUCCGUAUCUCUCCUCUUGGCGAUAUCAUUCCCUUUGACAAGAACAUCACCUUCCACAAGGCCACUGCAUGGUCCAUCGUGUUCUUCACCGUCAUCCAUAUCCUCGCCCACAUGGUCAACUUUACCCGUCUCGGCCUGACUCAGACUAAACAAAUCGGCCCUCUCUUGGUUCUGUUCCUGCAAGCAAACUUUGCCACUGGCCCCGGUAUCACCGGAUGGAUCAUGACCGCCGCACUGGGAAUCAUGGUCUGGUUCGCAAUGGAGAAACGCAGGCGUGCCCACUUUGAGCGCUUCUGGUACUCUCACCAUUUGUUCAUUGUAUUCUUCAUCAACUGGCAGCUCCACGGCAUGUUCUGCAUGAUCAAGCCCGACCGUCCCCCGUACUGCAGCUUUAACACCAUUGGUGUCUUCUGGCGCUACUGGCUCGUCGGGGGUGUUAUCUUUAUCUACGAGCGUAUCUUGCGUGAAGUCCGCUCCCGCCAUCGUACCUACAUCUCCAAGGUCAUCCAGCACCCGAGCAAGGUCAUGGAGGUCCAGAUCAAAAAGGAGAAAACUACCACUCGUGCCGGACAAUACAUCUUCCUUAACUGCCCUGAGGUGUCUUACUUCCAAUGGCAUCCCUUUACUCUCACAUCCGCUCCCGAAGAGGAUUACAUUUCAGUUCACAUUCGUGUAGUCGGAGAUUUCACUACUGCCUUUUCGAAAGCGCUCGGAUGCGACUUUGACUCGAAGCCCGACAAGGGUGGCGAAAAGUCCAAGGUUGUGGGUACCCAGGCCAACCCACCAAUCAACCGAGUUCUUCCACGUGUCAUGGUCGAUGGUCCGUUUGGUAGUGCUAGCGAGGACUUCUUAAAGGUCAGUCGAAUUGAAUUCUUGGGUGGUGAUCGAUACGAGCGAGGGUCCAAUCGGGUGUUUGAGAGCAAUUCACCACGAUGGAUCGAUCGCUCGGCCACCCCCGCACGUCCGAGAACCAAGACUGACGAUGCAUUUCUGCAGUUCGAAACUGUCCUGCUCGUCGGUGCCGGUAUCGGAGUUACACCAUUCGCGUCGAUUCUCAAGUCGAUCUGGUACCGGAUGAACAAUUUCAACGAUUCCAAACCCACUAGGUUGAGCAAGGUGUACUUUACCUGGGUCAUCCGUGAUUUCGGUACUGCCGAGUGGUUCCAUUCGUUGUUGCACGCGAUCGAAGAACAGGAUACCCAGAACCGAAUCGAGAUUUCGAUUUAUCUUACUGCCAAGAUCAAAGAAGACGACAUGAACAACAUUCUCGUCCAAGACGUCGGCGCCGAACGCGACGCCAUCACCUCGCUACGCGCCCCGACCCAUUUCGGCCGUCCGAACUGGGACCGAGUCUUUUCGAGCAUCGGCCAAAAGCACCCCGAGACGGACGUGGGAGUCUUCUUUUGCGGUCCGGCAGUGCUGAGCAAGACACUAAAGCAAAUGUCGAACAAGUACACCCAGCCCAAGGGCACGCGGUUCUUCUUUGGCAAGGAAAACUUCUAG